AUGAAGAGUCUGAACCUCUACGACGAGCCCGCUCGGCCUUUCAAGAACCGCCAGGCUGUCGGCGCCUGGCACGGCGGUGGCGGAGGAUACCGCAGCUCGCGUACCUGGGUCUCCCCCGAUGCGCAGCAUAUGCAGGAGUUCCUACUCAUCCGCAACUCGAUGCGUCGCCUCUUCAAGCACUCUGAACUCUUCAAGUGGAAAUACCAAGACUACAUCGCACACCGCGAAGCCAUGCUCGCAUCGAAGACAGCAGCGUUGGCCAAGUCCGUCAAGAUGAAGGAGGAAGCUCUCGAGCUCAAGGAACACACUAUGGACGCCAAAGCCAUGACGUCUCUCAUGCGGCUCCUUCCCGGCGAGCAGAACCUAUCUAUGCAUGGCAAUGUGGGCCGUGUGCUGGGCGAGAAGACAAUAUGGUGCCACGACUGGAUGAACGGCAAGGACGAGAUUAGUCCGUGGCCGACGUUCCCGGAGAUGAAGUGGGAAGGCGAUGACCGCGCUAAGACCGGGGUUGGACGCUUCCUCCCUCUCCCGCGUGAGAUGGGUGCUAAAGGAAUCUCUUGGAACCAACUCCAAGUCGUCGAACAGUACCCAAUGGACCAAGUCCAGCGCAUCCCUACCAUGGAGGACGUCUAUCUCCCCGUCGACGAGAUCGACGACGACGUCAAGUACGAUCUCCUAAACAAGGACUUAGAGGAGGCGAUGGAUGAGUACCUGGAGUCAUAA